UUUUGUCGACCAAUCCAUCAUUCUCUCUCAUUUCAAACGCUCUGAGGAUAAAAAAUCAGAAUUCAAUCUUUCUCACAAGGUGUUGAUAAGCGUGAUUAAAGAACAACACCCGACAAGCAGUCAUGAUGGCGAUAACUUUAAUAACUAUAUUAUGUCUGAUUGCCGGCACAGAUGCACAAAUUAUGCCGGGAAUGGGAAUGCCCGGAAUGCAAAUGGGAAUGCCUGGAAUGCAAAUGGGAAUGCCCGGAAUGCCGCCAAAUAGAAUGACUGGAAUGCCCAAUGGAAUGCCCAAUGGAAUGCCAAAUGGAAUGCCAAAUGGAAUGCCAAAUGGAAUGAAUAGAAUACCGGGAAUGUCAAAUGGAAUGCCAAAUGGGAUGCCAAAUGGGAUGCCAAAUGGAAUGCCAGGUAUGCCAAAUGGAAUGCCUGGUAUGCCAAAUGGAAUGACAGGUAUGCCAAAUGGAAUGCCAGGUAUGUCAAUUGGAAUGCCAGGAAUGCCAAACGGAAUGCCAGGUAUGCCAAAUGGAAUGCCAGGAAUGCAACUUGGUAUGCAAAAUAGAAUGUUCGGAUCAUCCGGGGGAAUGCCUGGAGGAAUUCCAAGAUUUCCAGGUGGAUUUCCCGGAUUAUCAGGGGGUAUGCCAGGAUUAUCAGGGGGUAUGCCAGGAUUAUCAGGGGGUAUGCCUUUUGGAUUUCCUGGAUUGAGGAGUGGAAUUCCCGGUGGUUUCCCCGGAAUGAACAUGAUAAAUAACCCUAUGUUACAGGCCAGAUUACAAUUGAUGAAUAAUGGUCAACCAAAUCAGCAGUCAUCCUCUGAUAAUGCCAACAAUAGCGGGUCUUCAAACAAUGAUUCCAAUAAUAGGAACGCUAAUAUCAAUCCGUUUGCUAACAUUGGUAUGAGUAUGUUCAACAGGCAAUCUCCUUUCGCUAUGCUGGGAGGAAGAUCGCCAUUUGGAGGAUCACCAUUUGGAGGACGAUUCCCAUUCACAAUGGGCUAAAUCAAACACAUCCACCAACUAGACAGAAACCUGGGUCCUUUGUUCCUUUUUUACGAAAUUUAACUCACAAUGAUUGUACUGUUUCGAUCAUCUGAUUUGAUUGUGGAAUAAGUUCAUUUAAUCAGCUUAAUCUUAAAUCUGGAAUUCAUAUAAUGUUAUUUUUGUGACAACUGUCCCUAAAUAUAUAUAAUAGAAGGACUUUUAAAUGGACUUUUACUUUUUUCGGAAUAAUCUCAGAAAUAUGUUAUGCAAACUUUAGACUUUUGUUACUAUCAAAUUAUACACUUCAUGUUCGUGUAGGAAAAAAUUUGUUGUAUUUUAAACACGGUUUAAUGUAAUAUGUAAAUUAUUGAUUAAAAUGUGUUCUAUC